AUGACGCCCAGCUCCCCAGAUGAAGCUCUUCACUUCCGCGGCAAGACCCUGACUCCCGAGAGCCCUCGUCCGCUACACGUCGCGGAACCUGCCAAGAUCCCGGUGCUUCAGAAUCAAAUGGACCCUGUUUUUAACGACACGUCGACUUAUGAGAAGUCCGAGGCCUUCCUUGGCAAUAGUUCCCAGGAGCAUCCCAAUGAUUCCACCUCACUUCAUGGCCAAUAUGCAGGGCCCGGCGAAGUGAGGGGAACUACUGGCUCCGUGCAAGUGCCGGAGCAACCACCACCGCGCCGACCACCAAACACUCAAGAUCCCGCCUCCCUCCUAGCUCCUCCUCCUCCCCCCGAUGUCCCUCCCUCUUCCUCCCAUGCCGCUCAAGACACCCCCAGUGCGAGCGAGGUAGACCACGCAGUCGCCAGCUGGACCGCCCAGCCCGCGCCGCAAACUCGCCUAGACUCCCAGAGCAAAGCUGAUGAUAACACUGGUGAGGAUGGUGUCGAUUUUCAGAACCUCCUCGAUAAUCUGCCCCCUUCUUCCACUGCGCCCUCUGCCCCUGCGGUCUCAGAGACAGCGCCUUUGUCUACAGACGUUUCUGCCCUUCCCCAGGCAGGAACGGAUGACGAGGCGCUCCAAUCUUCCCUGGGACUUCCCCCUCGCCCCCCUCCCCAGGAGAAGCCCUCUAUCCAUCCCAACUACAAUGCCAGUGAUGACAUCCGGUCAUAUCACCAGCUCCCCCCUAAUACUUCCAAUGCACAGCCCUCCCCCUCCUCCACCUACACCGCCCAGCAGAGUAAUUAUCAGUCCAAUCUGGGCCUCCCAUCAUUGGCUGCGGCUGGCGCACCGGGGACGUCCUCGGGUGCCAGCGCUUUGCCCCCUCCCCCCGUGCCGAGUUUCCAGCAGUCUACAUCUACUACUACCUCCGAGACUCAGGACUCCCCAGGACCAGUGAAUAACAGAAAGGCUGGCGGUGAACGGGUAGUGGCCCGACAGAGCAAGGGUUCCGAUGAAGACACGCCAUGGGGCCCCGAGGUGCAGAAGAAGUACGAUGAGUUUCUGCAUGACGAGAGGAUCUACGUAACCGAGGGUCUUUGGGACCGGUUCCCGCCGGGGUCUAGAUUGUUUGUUGGUAAUCUGCCCACCGAAAGAGUGACGAAGCGCGAUUUAUUCCACAUAUUCCACAAGUUCGGGAAGUUGGCGCAGAUAUCCAUCAAGCAGGCCUACGGGUUCAUCCAGUUCCUUGACUCGUCUGCCUGUAAACAGGCUCUCGACGCUGAGCAAGGAGCUGUUGUUAGAGGGCGCAAAGUCCAUCUCGAAAUUUCGAAGCCACAGAGGAGCACAAGGCCCGGGGCCGCCCCGGCAGAACCUUCUCGCGCUCCUCCACCAAGGCGCUCGAGGUCUCCAGAAUUCAGCCGGAGUGGUCCUUCUGGCAGCCGCAGUGCGAGAGCCCCGGCUGAUCGUUACGACCGUCCGUACGAAUCGGGGCGCGUGCCGUUCAGCGAUUUUAGGGAUGAGCCCGGUCACCGUAGACGUGACGACUAUCGGCCACCCCCUCCGCCUCGCUCGCCGUCUCCUCGUGCUUUCCGCGCCAGGGACGGGUACCGGUCUCGGGAUAGAACUCCAGAGCGGUACGAACGACGCGAGAGGCGGCGUUCCCGGUCGCCCUACACGAGAGAUCGCAGAUAUCGCACCCCUAGCCCACGGGGCCGUGGGUCUUACGAGGGUGAUGCAGACCUGCCCGUUCCUCGGCGAGCUCCGAGAGACGUACCAGAAGUACAGAUCCUUGUGCUCGAGGAAUUGGAUCGCAACUUCAUAUUCUUUGUGGAGAACUCUUUCCGUAACCGGGGUCUCCGGGUGGAUGUGCUCGUCCUUGGACUCCGGAUUCCCCUGAACGCUGCUGUUCAACGACAGAUCCAGGAGGGCGUACUUGCUGUAGUGAGGCUUUCGCGCCCGAGUCAGUUCUCUAGGAAAAUUCCCCUGCAGGUGUUUGACCGGAGCGGGGGGGCAGACAAUGUUCGCUCCAACGAAUACCCUGAUGUCGAGCCCAGUAUCGCCGCCGAAAUUGUGUUCCAUGCCCAGUCGGUGCAGCGUGGCGCUCCCCCGGCGCCUUUCCCUCCCAACCCGGCAUUUGGGGUUCCCCCGCUUCCUGCUCCGGCCGCAACAGUGCCUCCUCAGGCGCCGCUGCCUACCGUCGCCAAUCAGCCCAAUAUUGCCAAUCUGAUUACCUCCCUCGACGGGCCCACACUACAAUCGCUGCUGGGAGUGCUCCAGCAACGGCCGCCAGCCGUGCCAACGGCGCAGCAGCCGUUUCCUAGUGCCAGCACGCCGCAUGGCGCAGCAGACCUCGCUAGCCUGCUGAACGCUGCCACUCGCCAGCCUGUUGCUGCUAACCCGCAACAGCCACUAGCUCCACCGCCCUUUCCUCUGCAAGCGCCAAAUGCUCCUUUGGUAUCCGACCCCAACUUGAUUUCGUUACUUGCCAAGGGACUUGGAGGCCAACAGCCUCAAAACCAGGCAGCCGUUGGUCCCCAUGUGCAGAACAUCAUGAACCAACUGGGCAAAUGGAAGCAAUGA